GUAAUGUAUGAUCUUCUGUUUUAUGUUUAAAAUGUAAAUAAUCUGUUUUUGGUUGACACAUUAUCAUAUUGAGAGGUAAGUCGGCAGCAAUCAUAGAAAAUGAUAUACCCCAAUUUGUUCAUAUAAAGGAACUGGUGUCACCCUCAAUUCAAAUCACGUUUCUGGAAAAGGUCAAUUUGAUUUACAUAGCCCAAUGUGACAAGUAGUUUAAUAAUCCAAACGGCUUACUACACCAUCCGUAGAUCCUUAGAAUAAUAGUUGUACAUUGGUAACACUUAUAGGGUAGUUAUAUAAACAUGCGGCAAAUGUGAUUGAAUAUUUACGUUAAAUUGACGUGUUAGAAAAGGCAGUUUCUGACAGACUCAUAAUUUUGUCUUCACGUUAGCAAGUACUCAAUUGCAUAGGUGAUUUUAAAGGUCAUUAUGUAUUGACCUGUAAAAUAUAUAGCGUUACCCAAUGUUGUAUUAAUACUUAGUCAUAGGAUGAAUGAGUCAAUAUAAGCAGGGAUGCUAACCUUUUAGUAUUACCAUGUGAGCCUAAACUCUGAAUUUCUGGCUGCUACAGAUUCAUAAUGUUGUUUUUAGGUUGCUUUCCUCGUGCACAUUCAAACGUGAAUAUUAUUGCCACAGGCUAAAUCAAAUCUCAACCCCUGUCGGCAUCGGACGUGACUAAAUGUCAUGUAGAUGUCCACUGAUGCACCUGUUCGGUGAGGUUUAUUGUCGUACGAAUGAAAGGAUGGGUGGAGUCUCUUCUUUAUUGUUACAUGCCAGUAGUUCUACCUGUUGCACCUGCUCUCCUCCCCCUCAACCCUGCCUUGGGUGUCAGCUGAUGAGGGAUCGGCAGGCCACUGGAUUGCCUGUCGGUCCUCAGUCAUGAGCUACCCCUAUCCACAGAUAAAGAAGGAAGCGGCUAGGAGCAGGUAACCUAUUGAAAGUGGCUUCAGUAUAUUUAUAUAAGUGAAACGGGAAAGCCCUUGCCACUAAAUGCAGCAUGGGAUCUGAUGAGUUGUACAAUUUUGUUUUUAAAGUGGUUUUGAUAGGGGAGUCUGGCGUUGGAAAGAGCAACCUUCUGUCUCGCUUCACUAAGAACGAGUUCAAACACGACAGUCGUACGACCAUCGGCGUCGAGUUCAGCACGCGGACGGUUCACCUGGACAACUACAUCGUCAAAGCCCAAAUUUGGGACACAGCUGGGCUGGAGCGCUACAGAGCUAUCACCUCAGCGUAUUACAGGGGAGCAGUCGGAGCCUUGUUGGUUUAUGAUAUUAGCAAACACCUGACCUAUGAGAGCGCAGAUCGAUGGUUGAAAGAGCUGUUCGACCAUGCAGACCCUCACAUCGUGGUCAUGCUGGUGGGAAACAAGAAAGACCUGGAGACCCUCAGGACCGUGCCAACAGAGGAGGGCAAGGACUUCGCAGAGAAGAGAGGUCUCAUGUUCAUGGAGACAUCAGCGUUGGACUCCACCAAUGUCGAAGAUGCUUUCAAUGACGUCCUCACCGCGAUUCAUAAGAAGGUGGCCAGCAGGGAGGUGACCCGCGGCUCCAUUUGUGCUGUAACCCUCUCCAACCCCAUCAGACCCAAGAGCGAGACACAGGAGGAGCGGAGGAACUGCUGCGGUCGCUCCUAACUGACGGCUGCCUGUAAAACCUGCUCUGCCCCAGUGAAACCAACGUCAUGCGUGACUGUCGCUGAAGCUGAGCCGUCCUCAUUCACACCCAAUUUGAAGAGCGAACCUCUUGAAAUAUAAAGCUCAAGAACAAAAGCUUAAUAAGAUCUAGAUAUUGAGAAAAGCCUUAUUUUGUAUGGUAUAUUUCUUGUGGUGGAUAAAUGACAUUUUUGUAUUCAUGUUUUGUCACGUCAACGACGUAUUGCUUUUAUAAAACAUUAUUUAUAAUAUUCUAUCUAUAUGUAAUUACCACACAAACUCAAAACCUUUAAACAAAACUAGUGAUAUCCCCAAUGUAAACAACACUUAUCAGUAAAGAUGUAAAAGUGAAAAGUUUUUCCAACAAAAUAUAGUAUAAUAAAACUAUUGUAGACAAUACAGUAUAUUUAAGGGUUGUUAUUAUUGAUGCAUUAACAUGUAAGCACGGCUGAUUGAGAUGAUGCAUACUUUAACUCUUGUACAUGCUGUUGGGUGGUUCAAUCGAUAAAAAUGGAUAAUAUUUGCAUCUAAAAUCUGAAACAAUGAGUAAAGAUGUCAAAUAAAUGUUGAGUAUAAAUAUA